UUCUCCGACAUUUCGCUCCGUUUUGUGGACAGCGCCGCCAUUGUGGGGGAAGCGCUCAAGGAGGAGUGUCUCUCUCGCCGUAGUCGUCGUUUUCUCCUGGGAAUACUGGAACGUACAGUUUGAAACAUGUGUAGUGUUAUGCAAGUUGACAAUAGAAAAAUUGACAUGUUAAAGAUUCUACGAAAAACAACAGAGGGCUUAGAGUGUGAUCACUGCAAUUUCAGAGGCUCCGACUUUGAAAACAUACAGAUUCAUAUGGGUACUAUCCACCCUGAGUUUUGUGAUGAAAUGGAUACUGCAGGAUUGGGAAAACUUAUAUUUUAUCAGAAAAGUGCAAAGUUGUUCCAUUGCCACAAAUGCUUUUUCACCAGCAAGAUGUAUUCAAAUGUUUAUUAUCACAUCACUGCACACCAUGCAGGGCCUGACAAAUGGAAUGAAGAGCAGAAAGAUUUAUUAGACACUGAAUCCCUAAAGAAGCCCCUCUUUGUGGAGCCUCAAAAGCCUUCUCUGUCUCCUGAGUCUCAUAAACCCACUGUGCCUCCAGAGUCUCAGAGGUCUGCUUCUUCUGAACCCCUGAAGUCUGAUGUAGGGUUGCCCUCCAAGAUACAAAAGCCCAUCCCUGUUUCAUCCCUGGACCAACAGAAGGUUGCUCCAGUUGCAUGUCCAGACCCACAGAAACUCAUCUCUGUUGUAUCUGAGCUUUCCGAACCAGAGCUGCUGAAACCAAACCCUUCUCUGACUCCAGAAUCAUUGAGGUCUGCCUCAGUAGAUUCCCCAGAGCUACCAAAACUAGUAUCGGCUUUAUCCUCAGAGUCACAGAAACCUACCACAGCUACAUAUAUUGAGCCACAGAAACCUCUCACAGUUGUACAUCCAGAACUACAUGUCUCUAUCCUAGAGCCAGAGAAGUCUGCACCACUUGUAUCUCUGGAACCACAGAAACCCAUUCCACCCGUAUCUCCAGAGCCUCAAAAAUCAGUUCUGCCUGCAUCUCCACCUGUGGCUACAUCAGAAUCACAGAAAUUUGCUCCAGCUAUGUCUCCUGAGCCUCGCAGGCACUCUCCAGCUGUGUCUCCUGAGCCUCGCAGGCACUCUCCAGCUGGGUCACCCGAACCUCGCAGGCACUCUCCAGUUGGGUCACCUGAGCCCCGCAGGCACUCUCCAGCUGGGUCUCCUGAGCUAAAGAAACCUGCUGCUACUCUGUCCUCAGAAACACGCAGGCACAUUCCUCAAAUGCGGAGACCUGGUUCUGCACUUUCCCCUGAGCCACGAAAACCUGAGCCACCAAUCUCCCCAGAUCCCUGGAGGCCUGCCCCUAAUAUUGCUCCAGAACCCUGGAGGCCUGGUCCUAGUAUUGCACAUGAGCAGCAGAAAUCUUCUAUUACUGUCUCACCAUGGUCUCCCAAACCUCCCUCAUCUAUGUCACUUGAGCCUAGGAGACCUGCCUCAGAACCACGAAGGCCAGGCACUUUAAUGUCCCAAGAGCCACAGAAGUUUGUGCCAGAGCCUUGGAAAUCUACCUCCUUGCCUGAGUCUCAGAAAUCUAGUCUUGCUUCCUCAGAGCCCUGGAAACCCAUUUCUUCUGUUUAUCCUGAAGGCUGGAAACCUGUUUUGCCUCCUGACACCUGGAGGCCAACACCUUCAGUACCACCUCCUGCUCCUCCUCCUAUGCCAACAGAGCUUAGAAAACCUGGUCCCCCUAUGUCCUCCGAGCUUUGGAAACCUUCCUUCUUUCCUGAGCAACGUAAGCCAGCUCCACCUGUGGCUCCUGAUCCUUGGAAAUUUUCUUCUGAGUCCCGAAAACCACCUUUCUUUCCAGAGACACAGAAGCCUACCUCUUUUGUUUCCUCUGAGCUGCAAAAACGUGCUUUGUUUUCUGAGCCCCGAAAACGGGCACUGUUUCCUGAGCCUAAAAAAUCUGUCCCUCCUGUGUCUGCUGAGGUACAAAAACGAUCAUUCUUCCAUGAAAGUCAUAUGUCUUUUCCUGAAGUCCAAAAACAUGCCCUCUUUUCUGAAUCUCACAGAUCUACUCCUGUCUCUCCUGAAGCCCCAAAGCAUUCAUACUUUCCGGAGCCCCAGAAACAUGUUGCUGUUUCUCCUGAAAUUCAAGACCAUGUUUCCUUUUCAGAACCUCAGAAACCGCCAGUUCUUUCUCAUGAAGUGCUUAAGUCUACUGCAAUUUCUCCUGAUAUCCAGAAACAUGCAACCUUUGCUGAACUUCAGAAGCCUCCUCCUGGCUCCCCUGAGAAACAGAGACAAGGUUUCUUUGCUGAGCCUUCAAAACACUCUCUUUCACCUGAGCUCCAAAAACCUGCUCCUUCUGAUCAGAAGCAAGUCUUUGGUUCUGAUGUCCACAAACCAGUGGAAACAGCAGGCAUCGAAGUCCACAAAACUGCUGUCUCUGACUUCAGCCAACCUGUACCUGUUUUUUCAGAGUUAAAGGGACGUACUGAAUCUGGUAGUAAAGAUUUCUUUACUGAGCAUCCAGAAGGUGAGAAUCCAUUCAGUAGUCUGUUAGCUCCAAAAGAACAGUCUACCAAGGAACCUAAAGAAGAAAUUUUAUAUUCUUGUCCAAAGAAAAAACCCAAGAAGGAAAAUCAGGAGACUUCUAAUACAGAACUAAAUAGCAGUGAAAGUGGAAAUACAGAGAUGGAUACAUCAGAUGUGAAAGAACAGGAAUCCUUCAGUGAUCAGGAACAGUUUGAUACAGAAUCUUCUGACCACAAUAAAGAGACUAAAAUUGAUAUAGCUACUCCUACUCUGCAGUUUACAGAAGAGAAGGAAGCUUUUAUCUCAGAAGAAGAGAUAGCAAAAUAUAUGAAGCGUGGCAAAGGCAAAUAUUAUUGUAAAAUUUGUUGCUGCCGGGCUAUGAAAAAAGGUGCUGUUUUGCACCACUUGGUUAACAAGCAUAAUGUCCACAGUCCAUACAAGUGUGACAUAUGUGGAAAGGCUUUUCUCUUGGAAUCUCACCUUAAAAACCAUGUUGCUGCACAUGGUCAGAGUUUGCUUAAAUGUCCACGUUGCAGCUUUGAGUCAAACUUUCCUAGAGGCUUUAAGAAACAUUUGACUCAUUGCCAAAACCGUCAUAAUGAAGAGGCCAAUAGAAAGCAGGUGGAUACCACUACUGAGCCAUCUAGUCAGAGCCAGUCUAGUGAAGAGGCCAGUAAGACACCAGCAGAUGGGACUGAACCAUUGAAUGAAUCGCUUACUGAAUCGUUUACUGAGUCACAAACUCAGUGAUUUUUAUUUUGGAAGCUCAAGAAUGUGCAGAUACGUCACAUUGUGCUGUAGUCAGUGAUGUAAUUGAACAUAUAUAUGUAUGUAUGUAUGUAUGUAUGCCGCUGUAAACUUGAUGGCCACAAUCCAAUGCAAAGUUAAGUUCACUGAACCUAUUGAUUUAAAUGGAUUCUAGUAUGCUUAACUGUGUUAGAUCAUGACCUUUAUAGUUAAUUUGCAGGAAUAGUAACACAUAACUUCUAAAUUAAUAAGCUUGUACGAUUGCCCAGGGAUCUUAUAUUUUUUGAACAAAAGUGACAAAUUAAGCCAUUGAAAAAAUUAAAGUAUACAGCUAUAGAAAACCAGAAGUCUGGCAACUAGUCCAGCCACUUUAACUGUAAGAUCACCGUUAUAUAUUUGAAGACGCAUCAAACGUUGGAAGCAUCACCAGAUGGGAGAUAGCUUUAAACACUGCAUGAAAAAAAUAUAGUUGUUUGUCUGGAAUUGUAAGUUGUGAUCAUUUUUACAUGUAUUGGGAGAAGAAAUCACAGCUCCCACCUGAGUGGAUUGCUUGCUUAGAUUUUUGAAGUAGUUGUGCUUUCUUACUAUAUCUGAAGCACAAGUUAAUCCGUGUGAAAUAGCUAUGCUGCAGGGGUGGGCAGCUUGUAACCAUCCAGAUGUUUUUGGCCUACAGUUCCCAUCAGCCCUAUCCAACAUAGCCAGUGGUGAGAAGGCUAGAAUACCUGGAUGGCAACAAGUUGUCCACCCCUGUGCUAAUGUAAUAGUAAAUGUAUUGGAAAUGCAUAUGUGCUGGCUUAUAUGAUUGUCCUUCAUAUUACAGGAAAAAACAUUUUAAGGAAUAUUUUCUAUUCUUUUAACAAUAAAAAUCAUUUGUUGUGUU